CUCCAGAUUCGUGCCCCCAGUCGUACCGAAGGGCCGCAUAUGCACAGUAUGAGGAGAAAGGUCUGAAAACGUAACCAAGUGUUCAAUAAUCCUUUCAGGAUGAGUCAGGGCGCGGACAGCUGCGACAGCUGAGCCCUAAGAUUCCCAAACGGAGCACAGGGUAGCUAGAGAAGGCACCUCUUAUCAUCACACUGCCGAGCCACUGAGACAUAGGCAUCGGAAUAGGAUGCAGGAACAAGGAAAAGGAUGCAGCACAACAUGUGAGAAUGCAAAGGUGUUGGAACAGGUUACAGAAUGGUGUAAGAGCUGGUUGAAACGCUACCCAAAACGUGUUCCACGGCCAUACAAUGUCGUUUUACUGCAUUGAUCAAAGCAACAGCCGAUCAGCAGUAUACUUCCACAGACCGCCCUCCAACGAAGAAACCGUGGAGGCCGACUAGUUCACGUUUACGUUGUAUAUCCAGCGCCAGGCGCCAGUUAAGGCCGCAGUUAAGGCCAAAAGGUUACGCAAAGGUUCGAAAUGUGGCUCUGUAAGCGUUGUUCCAUCAACCGUUGAGCACCACUUGAGUAGAAUGUCAAGCACCGCCAAUGUCCGAAGCACCACCCUGCAAUACGGUGCAUCCUUAUCUUGUCCAACCGACACAGCCCACAGGUUCUCUGGAUGUCCGCGCCCUCCUCCCCAUCACGGCGCAAAGCCUCACAGAAACGUUGCAGGGCAGCCUGCUUCAAGUAAAAAUUUGCCCUCACUCGCUGGGUGGCCAUAUUAUCCCAUGCGUGGGAGGCGCAUCCGAAUCAGCGUCCUCAUUGCACUCUGAUUGAUAGUUAUGCAACUCAUCCACCUCCGUUUCCUUGUCGCCUUCGGGCGACAAGGGCACACUUGAGGCAGGUAGAGCGGAAGAAACUGAAUCGUGAAAAGAGGACGGAGGUUGGGGAGGAUCGCAAGUAGAUUGAUGGGCCGACUUUGACAUAGGAGCCUUCGCCCUUACCCCCUCCUGUUUCUGCGGUGCCUCUGGCCUUUCCCACGGCCAGCAUCCUCCUCAGGAGUCGGCGCCUCCUCGGACUCUCAAUUCCCAUUCGAAGUUUGCAUGCAUUGAGCGCCUCGAUCCGAGCAUGAAACUCAUUUUUCGAGAGCCGUUCGAAUUCCCGCCAAAGAGCAACUGCAUCGUCAUUGGCACGGGCCCAGUCCCUGGCAGCCUGACACUCAGAUUGAUUGCUCUGCAACUCAUCUGAACAGAGCCGGGAAGAAGAUGCACAGUUAUCUUUACGCUGGUCAACUUCGCACUCUCCGUGGGUUUUCGAGGAUGCCAACGGCAGGGCCUCCAACUAAGGAACUGAGUGCAGAGAAUAAUCCCAAGGAGCUGAGUGCAAAGAAUAAUCCAAAGGAAAUGCGUGCAGUACAGCAUCAUUUGAUUGAGAAGCAAGCGACGCUUCUUGAGCAGCAACUGACGUAGAACUCUCCACAGAUUCAACAUGAACAUGCUCCUCCUCCUCGUCCUUGAAAUCCUUAAGAUCCCCCUUUGUGCGGCAUCAUGACAGCGCAAUUUUGUUCGAUUAGUCCUGGUUGACCAGUUGGAAGAGAAUAAUCAAACUGGCAACUUGUAGCCAAGCUGUAUUUAAUGUUAUGCAGUUUAAUGCUCGUGAUGCAUAUUUUGUGGGUGAUCCGAAUACCUCCCCCGCGUUUGGCUGGUUUGAUAACCUCGAUGAUUGCUCGCUAAACCCAUGCCCGUUUCAGGGGAACUUGGAGGAGCAGGCCAAUAUAUUCUUGAGUUCCUUAUCGGUGCCAGAGCCGAAGACCAGAGAGAGACAAUAAAUCGAAUUUGUCUGAUUGCUGAAGUUGCUGAUGUGUAUUCGCAUAACCUUUGGUCGCGGGCUUGGUCUGAUUAUUCGCAGAGACAGGAGGAGGACGUUUCGUCAGAUCAUGAUCUUUUUGAAUCGAAGUUUUCCGCUGUUUACCCAGGUAUUCUGAAAGAGGAGUUGCAUGAUGAAAAGUUGCAGGAUAUCGGAAUGCAGAAUGAGGAGUUGCUGAAUGAGCAGUUGCAUUAUUCUCAUCAUACAUAUUAUAUGGCUUCACGCUCUGAAGAGUGCCACACUUCAGCUUCUGACGCAGACCAGGCUCGCCAUGGAAACAAUGGGGAAGCUUGCCGGAAGCUCUCCCGGACACGCGGUCGGGACAGGCGAGGCGCCGCGGGGAACGUGAACCGCCGUGGCUUCUAAUCGCACGCGCGCACGCUUGUCGGAAGCUCCCCCGGACACGUUGCCGGCUCGAGCGCGUUGCUGCGAGGCCCGUGGACC